AUGCGGGUGAAUGUGAAAGGUGCUCUCAAAUUGGUCGCAGACUGCACCUUCAGCUACCUGGGGGCGGCAGCGCUGGAGGAUGCGCUGGAGCAGGGGCUGGCGGCCACUGGGACGCGCAUCACGGAGCUGGACCUCAGCAGCAACGAGCUGGGCGACGAUGCGCUGCCGCGGUCGCUGGCCGCCUUCCCGCACCUCCGCGUGCUGCGCCUCAAGUACAACCGCCUCGCCAGCCUGCCGCUGCUGGCGCAGCUGCCCCACCUGGAGCACCUCGACUUGGACAGCAACCAGAUUGCGGUGGUGGACGAGGGCGCGCUGGCCGGCCUGCCCGACGGCCUGCGCCGCCUGUCCCUCAGCUCCAACCAGCUCAGGAGCCUGCCCGACGGCAUGGGCGUGACGUGCUGCCGCGCGCUGCUGCAGCUCGACGUGUCCAACAACCCACUCACCACGCUGCCAGACAGCCUGGGCAGCUGCCCGGGGCUGACCCACCUCGACGUGUCCAGCUGCCGCCUGCAGGCGCUGCCGCACAGCCUGGCGCUGGCCCGCUCGCUGCAGCGCCUCUUCUGCCAGAACAACGAGCUGCACAAGGUGCCCACCGCCUUUGGCCACCUGAGCGGCACGCUCAAGGAGUGGAACCUGAGGGCCAACCGCCUGCCGCUCAAGGAGGAGGAGGAGAUCGAGCGGCUGGAGGAGAUUGAGCGCAACCGGCCGGUGGGCAUCGCGUCUGGGCCCUGCACCGUGUACCGCUGCAAGGUGAAGCGCUGCAAGGCGGUGCUGGACGACGCGGUGGCGGCGGCCGCCGCUGGCGAGCCCACCGAAGGCUUCAGCUGGAUCCGCCACGGCUACGCGGCCUGCCAGCACGGGAGCAGCGUGUACGUGUGGGGCGGCGUGGUGGUGCGGGAGGGGCGCAAGACGUCGGGCCUGCUGGUGCUCAACCUGGACACAAUGGAGUGGCGCAGCCAGGCCACGCGCGGCGACCGCCCCUGCCCGCGGGACGGCCACGCCAUGGUGGUGGACGACGCGGGGCGCCACCUGCUGCUGUUUGGCGGGCGCAAGGAGGCCGGCGGGCGGCGCCUGGCCGAGCUCCACUUCCUCGACCUUUCCUCCUGGACCUGGUUUGCCCCCAAGAUCGACGCCGCCGCCGCGCCCUGCCCCCGCGAGCAGUGCACCGCCGCCUACGCCCAGGGCAGGCUGCUGGUGUUCGGGGGGCGCACCAACGGCGCGCGCCUCAACGACCUCUGGGCCUUCUGCACCGACAGCUUCCGCUGGGAGCAGCUGCCUGCGCUCGGCACGGCGCCCUCGCCGCGCCAGGGCGCCGCCGCCUGCGUGCACGACGGGCGGCUGUGGGAGUGGCAGGGCGUGACCAUCGCGGGGCGCAGCAAGGCGGCUGCCCGCGGCGGCGGCCACAUUCUGACCGUCCGCGAGGGCGGCGUCUACAUGUAUGGCGGGCGGGACGCGCUGGGCGCGCAGGUGUCGCACCUGCUGAGGCUGAAGAGGACGGCGGGCACCAGGUAUGAGUGGGCAGAGACCGAGUUCUGCCUGCUGCCCAACCGCAGCCGCAUCAGCGGCCACCCCCUGCACAAGCUGAACGUGGAGCCGCAGCAGAUUGAGCGGGGCAGCGUGAUCUGGGACGUCACCCAGCUGGUGCCGCUGGCGGCGGUCAAGGCGCGCCCCGCCCCGCCGCACCUGGGCGACACCGGGGGCCUCGCAGCCUGCUGGUGCCUGCAGCUGGACAGACGGGGCGCGGCCAGCACCUAUGCCAUGUCGCUGCUGCUGCUGCUGCUGCUGCUUGCGCAGGACAAGGCGGCGCUGGAGGACUCUGCGCGGGCCAGCCCCAAGCAGGAGCGCAUCCGCCACGCCACCCUCAUCGCCAGCAAGCUGCCGCCGCCCUUCAGCAGCCACACGCCGCGCGAGCGCCAGCUGCUGGCCGCCGCGGCCGCCUUCCGUCAGCGGUGGCUGGCCGAGCCGGCGGCGGCGGGGCGCCUGCCGCCCUGCCUGGUGCUCCCCAACGAGUGCGGGGUGGACAAGGUGGUGUGCGCCACGCUGCGCCCCACACGCCUCCCACACACCGAGCUGCGGGACCUCGACGCCAUCUGCCAGGCAGGCGUGGGGCAGGGCGAUGUGGUGGCUGGUGUGCUGUUUGUGGCUGAGUUCUUCACCUGCGAGCCGCUGGAGCAGCCCAGCCGGCCCCCCAGCCACCUGGUGUCGCCCUGGAGCCUGAUGGAGUGGCAGGCAGGCGGGGGUGCCGGCGACAGCUUCGACCUGGCCACCCUGGCCUGCUCGCUGCUGCUGGGGGCGGGGUACAGCGCGUGGGUGGUGGUGGGCUACGUCCCCAAGCAGGCAAGGCGCGGCGCCCGCGUGGCCAUGGGGGACCAGUCGCGCACCCCAUGCCCCUGGAUCAGAGAGCACGGCCUGGAGGAGCCCGCCUAUGGGCAGCUACCCGAGCCAGAGGCCAGCUUCGAGGCGGAUCCAGAGCCAGAGCCCGAGCCCCCGGCAGCCGCUGCGCCCGAGGACGCCGCUGGGCAGCUGCAGGCUGGCGGCCCCGCCCCUGCUGCUGCUCCCGGGGACGCGCGCGGUGCCGGCGCUCAGCGGUCUGGCAGGAGCUCUGCCGCCAGCAGGGCCGCCAGCAGCAGGGCGGCGACCGCAACUCCGGGCACCCGCCCCGCCACAGGCGCCAGCAAGACACCCCCGGCAGUGGCGGCGCCUGCAGAGGCGGCUGCGCCAGCCGCCGCUGCAGCACCCGAGGCAGGCGGGGAGGCUGGGACGUCGGCUGCGCAGCAGGCGCCUGCGCCGCGGGCGCCAGCAGCUCCCGCCCCCCGCCGCCCCAAGCUUUAUGUGCAUGCCUUUGUGCUGGUCAAGCCCGGGCGGCGCGACGUGUGCCAGCCGCUGCUGCUCGACCCAUGCACCGGCUGCCAGCACAGCGUGGAGGCAGCCCCCUGCACCGGCAUCGAGUUUGCCUGGGAUGCCACCAACUUCUGGUGCAACCUGCAGUGCAGCAGCAGCAGCACCGGCGGAGAUGGCGGCGGCGGCGUCGAUGGCAGCGGCGGCAGGGGCAGCGCGGCGUCCGACGUGGCGGGCCCCCUGGGCGCGGCCUCUGCCCCUGCCGUCCCGCACGGCCUGGCGGAGCCUGCUGUGAUGGACUGGACGUUUGGCAACCCCAACUGCUGGCUGCCCCUGCUCCUGAGCAAGGAGGAGCAGCACCUGGAGGCCUGCACCCUAGUCUCCCACAGCAGCAAGGUGUCUGGCGAUGCGGCGCCGCAGCGCUUCCCCAGCAGGCGCCCCUCCCAGAUGCUCGGCCGCCUGCCCAGCAUAUUUUCGGCCAAAGGCCUCUCCCCACGCAACUUCUCCCUGGUUGGCGGCGCGGCCGCCGUCUCGGCCGCCUCCCUGGCCGCAGCGGCCGCCGGCGGCAGCGCCGGCGCCGGCGCCGACCGCCCCGGCACCGCGCACGGCAAGGCGGGCGUGGGGCUGCAGCUGCUGGCCGCCGGCCGCAACGGCACGCCCAGGCUGGGCGGCGGCUGGCCGCCCACACGGGACACAGUCGACUCCUCCCUUGCCUACCUGUCCCCCGAUGGCUCGGCCAUGAUGCCCCUGAGCUGGGUGCCGGCGCUGGCUGUGUCGCGGGAGCGGCUGGACUCGCGGUGCCCGCGUGGCGAGAAGGCGGUACAGUACCGCCAGGCGCGGCGCGAGCUGUACGCGCGCUUUGGCGAGUGCACUCGCUGGGAUGGCCUGGUGGAGCGCCUGACCACCUACUCCGACCCCGAGUGCGGCGCCCCGCUGUGCGUGUUGGAGCUGUUUGAGCGGCGCAGGGAUGGGCUGGCGCGGCGCCACAUCCUGCCCGCCGCCAAGUCCUCCACAGUCACCUUCCAGCCCGGCGCCGCCGCCUGCCUGCGCAGCCUGCGCACGGUGCGGCCCAUGGGGCAGCUGGGCGAGGUGGACUGCGCUUUCUUCCACGAGGCCCGGCCGGAUGGCCUCAUGAGGCGGCAGUGCAGCGGGGAUUCGAUGGAGGAGUGGUUCAUGCCGGGCAGCCGCCCCGACGGCCUGAUCCGCCGCUCCGUGCAAUACGCCGCAAGCUGCCCCGCCCCCGCCUUCUCCGCUGCCGUGCGCAAGACCAGCGACGCCGCGGCCAUCCUGGCAGCCGCGGCGGCCGGCGCCUCCGCCAGGCCCAGCUUGCACAGCGUGCAUGUGCACCACCGCCGCUCGUCCGUGGUCGCCACCUGGGAUACCCAGGAUCGUGCGGUGGCCUUCAUCCACGAGCAGUACCGUCCCCCUGCGGCCCCGCAUGGUACCGCCGGCGGUGCUUGCAGCAGCGCGCCGGUGCUGGAGCGCCGCUUUGAGCCGGCCAGCUCCAGGGCGCAGCUGGUGAUGCAGGGUGGUGGGGCGGAUGGCGCGGAGGCAGGCAGGGUGGCGCGCACCUACAACCUGGGAGGCUUCCUGCUGGAGGGCGCCGGCGGCACGGAGGAGGAGCGGCGCCAGGAAUGUGCGGCGCUGCGCGUGGCGUGCGGCGCUGCGCAGGCGGCGGUGCGUGGCGCGGAGGAGGAGACGCGCCGCAUACUGGCCUCGAGGCAGCGCCAGGAGCAGGGCACGCUGGUGGAGACCGCCUUUUACGACGCCACUCGUGUGAAGGUUGAGGACAGCGACGGGGUGGAGGCUGUGGGGGAGGAGGAGGAGGAUGCGUACGACUUCCUGCACCACUUCCUGCCCAGCACCGGCGCCCGCGACAUGACUGCCGCCGAGGCGGAGGAUGCGCGGGCGGCGUGCCUGGCGGCAUUUGAUGACAGGAUGGCAGACCGGCAGCGCGUGCUGCAGAGCAGGCUGGCGGAGAGCAGCGCCGAGGUGGCGCGCCUGGGCGCUGUGCUGUCCAGUGAGCUGCAGCACCUCAGCCCCGCGGACCAGGCGCGGGUGCAGGCGGAGGAGGCGGCGGCCGCGUUCCGGCUGCACGUGGUGCAGCGCAGGGCGGAGGAGCACCCUGCGCAGGCGGAGGCGCGGCGGCGGGAGCUGGAGACCCAGCUGGCGGCGGACAAGCGGCUGGCCGCGGCGCUGGCGGCAGGCAACUAG